AUGCUGCUGAUCCUGCUGUCAGUGACCCUGCUGGCUCUGAGCUCAGCUCAGACCACAGAUGAUGACUAUGAGAACCAAGAUGAGAGCUCUGAUGCACUACCUCCUGAGGAACUCCCAGCUAGCUCUUUCGAUGAUUAUGAUGAAAAUCAAGAUGAAAUUACAGAGCAGAAUCUACCACCAGAAGAAGCCAACCAGAAUGAGCACCAUCCACCUCCCCCUAAAAGCCACCAUGGAGCGAGCCAACAGGAAGACCAACAAAACCAGCAUCGCCUACCUCCCCUUAGAUACCAACAAAGACCUGUGCCACAACUUUUCCACAGGGCUGGACCACCACCUCCCUAA